AUGGACAGGCUCGUUUUCGAUGGAAAGUUGGGGAACUCUGCUGGGUGGGAUCGGGACCGCACUGCUCUCUUGGACGGUCGUCGGAGUGCUUAUGAUCGCGGCAGUGGAAACGCGAUGCUGCAUGUUGAAGUUACAGGUGUUACCGUUGCUGAAAGCCUUUUCAUGGUGGCCGGGUUACGAUGUGUCUGCAGUCUGCAGUGUGCUCGUGGUUUCGCCGCUGCGCUGUGUCUGGCUGCGAACGGCCGAGCACAACGGGCCAUCCCGUACUCGGAGAUGAGCGUCGGCGUGCCCAAGGAGAUCACGCCGCUGGAGAAGAGGGUGGCGCAGACCCCGGACACCGUCGCCAAGCUCGUCAAGCUGGGCAUCACGGUUAACGUAGAGGCCGGGGCCGGGGAAGCGUCAAAGUGCUCGGACAAGGGGUACGAGGCGGCGGGGGCGAACAUCGUCGGGAAGGACAAGGUAUGGAAGUCUGACCUGGUGAUGAAGGUCAACCCGCCUACGACGGAGGAGGCGGCGCUGCUCGAGUCCAGGGCCAUCAUGUCGCUCUUCUGGCCCGCGCAGAACAAGGAGCUGCUGGAGCAGAUGGCCAAGCAGGGCGCGACGGUGCUGGCCAUGGACCAGCUUCCCAGAACUCUCAGCCGAGGGCAGUCCUUUGAUGUGCUGAGCUCGCAAGCCAACAUCGCGGGAUACCGGGCCGUGUUGGAGGCGGCUCACCACUUCGACAGGUUCUUCGCGGGGCAGACUACGGCGGCCGGACGUAUCCCCCCUGCUAAGGUGCUCGUCCUCGGGGGCGGAGUGGCGGGCCUCGCGGCCGUGCAGGCGGCCAAGAACAUGGGGGCGGUGGUGAAGGCGUUCGACGUCAGGCCGGCCGUGAAGGAGCAGAUCGAGUCACUCGGCGGGGAAUUCCUAGAGGUCGAUCUCCAAGAGGACGGAUCGGGGGCCGGCGGUUACGCCAAGGAGAUGUCGAAGGAGUGGUUCCAGGCGGCAGAGCGCAUGCUGGCGGCGGAGAUGAAGGGCAUCGACGUCGUUAUCGGUACGGCGCUCAUACCGGGGAGGCCGGCGCCUCGUCUCAUCACGGAGGUGCUCGUCCUCGGGGGCGGAGUGGCGGGCCUCGCGGCCGUGCAGGCGGCCAAGAACAUGGGGGCGGUGGUGAAGGCGUUCGACGUCAGGCCGGCCGUGAAGGAGCAGAUCGAGUCACUCGGCGGGGAAUUCCUAGAGGUCGAUCUCCAACCCAUGGUGGAUUCCAUGAAGGUCGGGAGCGUAACCGUCGACCUCGCGGCUGCCACGGGCGGGAACAUCGCCACCACGAGAGCAGACGAGGUGUACAAGACCCCCAACGGCGUGACGUGUAUUGGGUACACGGACAUGACCAGCCGGCUGGCCAACACGGCGUCUGCCCUCUUCUCCAACAACGUGGUUAAGCUCUUCUCCUCGGCUGGUCCGUUUCAGCACGGGGGUAAGCCUCUUGCAGUUAGCGACAAGGAGAAGUUCCAGAUCGACUACAAUGACGAGGCCGUGAGGGGAGUCCUCGCCGUCGACGGUGGUACGGUAACGUGGCCGGCCCCGCAGAAGCCGCCGCCUCCGCCACCCGCGAAGAAGGACGAGGUGGAGGAGGUAGAGGCAGUGCCGAUCGACAUAGAGGCCAUGUACAAAAAGAGUGCCAUGAGGACAACGGCGACGUCGGCUACGGUGCUGGGGCUCGGCAUGAUCAGCCCCAACCUGGCGUUCAGCAACAUGAUGACGACCUUCGCGCUCUCGGGCAUCGUAGGCUACCAGGUCGUGAAAGGGGUGUCUCACUCCCUGCACUCUCCCCUAAUGGCGGUGACCAACGCCAUCUCGGGGUUGACGGCCUUGGGAGGCAUGUACCUCAUGGGGCCCGGGCUCGUGCCGCACACUACGGCGGAGCUUCUCGGGGCUGGGGCGGUGCUGAUCUCCACUGUUAACAUCUCGGGCGGUUUCCUGGUGACGAAGAAGAUGCUUGACAUGUUCAAGCGGCCGGAUGACCCCCCAGAGUACUACCAGAUGUACCUCCUCCCGGCAGGCACGUUGUUGGGAGGAUACGCGGUCACCAAGGCUGCGGGAUACCCACAGAUGGACCACCUUGUGUCCAUGGCGUCUGCCGUGUGCUGCAUCGGAGGGAUCGGCGGCCUCUCUUCGCAGAGCACCGCGCGCCUCGGCAACGUGCUGGGUAUGUCGGGGGUGGCCUUCGGAGUGGCGGCCACGGUGGGGACGCUCGCGCCCGGCCCGGCGCAGCUGGCGCAGCUGGCCGGGCUGAUGGGCGUCGGAGGCGUGGGCGGAUACCAGGUGGCGAAGAGGGUCGGCCCCUCCGAGCUCCCCCAGACGGUGGCGGCGUUCCACUCGCUCGUGGGGCUCGCGGCCUGCGGGACCGCGGUGGGCGACUACACGCACCACAUGCACGACCCGGCGGCGACGGCGGACGCGGUGCGCAUGAGCGCGGUGUACCUGGCAUCCUUCAUCGGCGGGGCUACGGCUACCGGCUCGGUCGUAGCCUUCGGGAAGCUGCAGGGACUGCUGCCGUCUGCGGCCCUCAAGCUGCCCGGUAGGGACCCGAUGAACGCGGGCGUGGGGCUGGCGUGCCUGGGGGGCAUGGCUGCCUUUGUCGUCGGACCCUCUUCUCCUGCGAUGGGAUGCGCGCUGCUCGGGCUCUCCGCCGCCGGAUCGGGCUUCUUGGGGGCGCACAUGACUGCAUCCAUCGGGGGUGCCGACAUGCCGGUGGUGAUCACCGUGCUGAACUCGUACUCGGGGUGGGCCCUGUGUGCCGAGGGCUUCAUGCUGGACAAGCCGCUGCUUACCGUGGUGGGGGCACUCAUCGGCUCUUCCGGGGCGAUCUUGACGGACAUCAUGUGCAAGGCGAUGAACCGCGACAUCGUGUCCGUGCUCCUCGGGGGCUUCGGGACCAAGGCCACCGCGGGCGGCGAGGCCAUGGCCAUCGAGGGCGAGGCCACCAUGACCACCGCACCCGACGUGGCAACAGCGCUCACCGAGGCGAACUCGGUGGUGAUCGUUCCCGGGUACGGGCUUGCCGUGGCGGGAGCACAGUACGCCAUCGCGGAAACGGUCAAGACCCUGACCAAGCACGGAAUCAAGGUUAAGUUCGCCGUGCACCCCGUGGCGGGGAGGAUGCCGGGGCAGCUGAACGUCUUGCUGGCGGAGGCGGGCGUGCCGUACGACAUCGUGCACGAGAUGGAGGAAAUCAACGAUGAGAUGAGCUCGGCCGACGUGUGCCUCGUGGUGGGCGCGAACGACACGGUCAACAGCGCCGCCGAGGAAGACCCAAACAGCUCCAUCGCCGGCAUGCCCGUCAUCCGGGUUUGGGAAGCCAAGCGCGUGGUUGUGAUGAAGCGAACCCUUGCCACUGGGUACGCCGGCGUGGACAACCCCGUCUUCUUCAAGCCCAACACGGACAUGCUGCUCGGCGACGCCAAGGCCACGAUAGAAGACCUCCUCGGCGAAGUCAAGGCGCACUACUCGCACAAAUAACCACGCGAAAUGAAAUCAUUGUUUUGUGAAUAGAUUUGGCCGCACGCACUGGCUGUGGUAAAAAUGCGCCGGUGAUUUUGAGUGAUGGCUUAUUUGCCGCGUGCUUGAUCGGUGUUGGUCGAUCGAGCGGUCGAUCUACUCGUUGCUGCUAUGCCCUGACUUGUCUCUUGAGAAUCCCAAUCUGAUCCAACCUGGUGGGUGCUUGUUUGUUCAGCUGUGCGGCCACCAAGCACACUCGAAAUUGAUGCUUUGCUGUCCCGUGUCUGUUGCUGAACUCACGGACUCACAUUGGUGUUUGGAAGGCACUCAAACAAACCUGUCGUGGUGUUGUUCCAUGUGGUUCUAUGAGUGCGCCCGAAAGGAUGGUGAUGGCCCCAGUUUGCGUAGGGGUACUUGAAACUGUAGGCAGCAGAACGGCGAAAGACCUCGUUUCAUCAGUAAUGACUGUUUUUUCUGUUGGGCUCGUUUUGUUAUUUGGAGUUUUCGGGGGUGGCACGUUUGUUUCCGAUCUGCUUGUUUUGUGGAGGGUAAUAUCGUUGUGUUCGCCAUAGACCCUGGAGGUGGUGUAUCGUAGGAGCUAUGUUUAUGUUUACAAGUGUACACUACAAUUUAUGUGGAGAUGGCCCGAUCUGGGAGAGAGAGGAACGAGGAUCUCUGCGAUGGCUUGUUUGUACUUUUUUUAACGAGAGUGCUGAAAAAUCAUACGAAGUACUUUU